AUGCUAGAAGCUGGUUUCAACCUUCGGUCAUGGAGCUCAAACUGUCAACAAAUGAGGAACCUAGCUACGUCAGAGAAAGUGCUUGAAGCAGACGACACCACGAAAGUACUUGGUAUGUUAUGGAAUACAGUUACAGAUGAGAUGAUGUUUCCUGCAAAACUAGUCCCCAUUACAGAUGUGAUCACAAAACGUGAGAUUCUUCAACAUUCGUCCCGUAUCUACGACCCACUUGGCUUAUUGAGUCCAGUUACCGUUAGAGCAAAAAUCCUACUACAAGAACUUUGGCAACAGAAAUACUCCUGGGAUACAGCCUUACCUAAGCACGUUUAUGAGAAAUGGUCAGCUCUUGUGACAGACCUUAACAACGUCAUGAACACCAAGGUUUCCAGAUACUACUUCAGAGAUCCAUGUGCAGCAGACGACCGUAUCACUACAACAGAAGAGAUGUCUCUACAUAUUUUCGUCGACGCUAGUACAUUAUCAUAUGGUGCUACAGCCUACCUGUGUACAUCAAACCAGUCUACCUUUGUUAUGGCGAAGACCCGUGUAGCUCCAUUGAAGAAACUUACGUUACCCCGCCUGGAACUUAUGGCAGCUGUGGUGGGUUCACGCUUAGCCAACCAUCUCCAGUCUUCAUGCAAUAUUGAUUCAAAUAAUACCUACCUGUGGUCGGACUCCCAGAUUGUUCUACAUUGGCUACAAACCACCAAAUCAUUGAAGCGAUUUGUGAAAAAUCGGGUUGAAGAUAUUCAACAACUUACCUGUUCCCGGAAUUGGAAAUAUUGCCCUACCCAAGACAACCCAGCUGACUUAAUGACACGCGGUAUAUCAGCGAUACAGUUUACCAACAGCAAUAUCUGGAUGAAUGGUCCUUCCUGGAUAACCAAACCACUGAAUUGGCCAACAUGGCAUACUAACGAUGCGACAGUGAUGACAACGGUAUCGAGUGAUUCAUUAGAGUAUGAACAAGGGAGACAACCGCCACAAUAUUCACCAGAAUCGCGUACAGAGUUACGUAACGUUAUUGACGUAACUAAAUUCAGCAAGUACACGAAGCUUCAACGAGUGACAGCGUAUGUAUUACGGUUCAUAAAUAAAUGCAGAGAGAAAACCUACCCACAUCAUGAUCAACUGACAACUAGUGAACUACAGAAAACAGAGAAAGUCCUACUACACAGCUGCCAACAUAAUACUUACCAGGAAGAGAUUACAAACCUGAGAACAGUUCGUUCGAGACCCAAUCAGACCCGACUCCCGAUUGUGAAACAGUUACGACUCUUUCUUGAUGAAGAUGGUUUCCUUCGAUGUGGAGGGAGAAUUCACAAUGCAGAUCUUGAUGAAGAGGCUAAAUUUCCAUAUUUAAUACCGGCCAAAGAUCCACUUACCCGACUCCUUGUUGCCGACGCUCACGAGAGACUUCUUCACGCAGGACAGAACUCAGUUAUUACUUACCUUCGCCAGAAGUAUUGGAUACCUUCCAUACGUCAGAGUGUUCGUACAGUACUUCGUAGAUGUCUUGUUUGCCGUAGAACAGAAGGGAAGGCAUACUCAGCCCCAGACCCACCUCCAUUACCGCAAUACAGAGUAGAAGACGCACCACCAUUCACUGUAACUGGUGUUGAUUUCUCCGGAGCUCUCUACGUUCGAGAUAAUUCCAACAACGAGACCAAAGCAUACAUCUGCCUCUUCACGUGUGCGUCCACCAGAGCCGUGCACUUGGAACUUGUACCCAACCUUUCCGAAGAGGCCUUCCUGCAAGCGUUCAGACGAUUCACCAGUCGUAGAUCCGUUCCCACACUGAUGAUUUCAGACAACGCCUCCACAUAUGUUGCAGCCUCCAACCAUAUACAACGCCUGUUCGAAUCCCAGACAGUACAAGACGCUCUUAGCAUGAAAGGUACCCAGUGGAAGUUCAUCCCGAAACGUGCUCCAUGGUACGGCGGCUGGUGGGAACGUCUAAUUGGUCUCACGAAGUCAACACUGAAAAAGAUACUGGGUCGAUCCUACAUCAGUUUCGAUGCAUUACAGACAGUCGUCACAGAGAUAGAAGCCGUGAUGAAUGACAGGCCACUCACAUAUGUAACAUCCGGUUCGUCAGAUCCAGAACCCCUGACUCCAGCUCACCUUCUCUACGGCCGGAGAUUAACUACUUUACCCUACCAGAAAUCUACAGAUGAUUCAGCGACGAAUACUAACCUUAACAGUGGUGUUGACUUAUCUCGACAAGCCAGACUUCAGCAGAAGGUCGUACACCAUUUCAGAGAUAGGUGGCGCCACGAGUACCUCACCGCCUUACGAGAACAUCACCAGACGACAGGAAUCAACGAGCAGAAGAUAAACGUUGGAGAUGUCGUCCAAAUUCAUGAUGAAUCUCCCCGUUCCCAAUGGAAGCUUGCGGUCGUGCAAGAACUAAUUUACGGAAAUGACGGAUAUACCAGAGCAGCCAAAAUAAGAACGAGUAACGGUAUUACGAAUAGACCCAUUGUGAAAUUGUAUCCAUUGGAAAUGAAGUGA